AUGUGGGCCAAUGGCAACCUUCAUGUGCACAAUAUACACAAUCUUGGCCGCCCUCAACCCACGCUACCAUGCCUAGUGAUGGGCUGUAUCUGCUGUGUUUACAACAGGUCAGGGCACACCACUCAUAUGCAAUCCCAGCAUCCACUGGCAUCUGAAGAACCCGAAGUCCCGUCAUCACACCAUUCCUCCUCCAAGUUGAGUUCACAAUGUUCCCAGUCAUCCCGACCUGGCACCAGACAUGCUGCAACAAGCUCAGCAUGCAUGCAUUCAUGCAGCCCAACUCAGACUAGCGCAGGUGACGAACAACUUGAAGCACCUGGGAGUCGCAACGAUCAAAUGGAGUGUGACUUGCCAGAGUUGGAUGGACAUGGGUAUGGCUUUCAUGAUGAUGCUGCCAAUGAGGCAGGUAUGAACAGCUCAGAUCAACAUCCUUCAAGUGGUGCUGGUUCCAUUGGCCAGGCGAGUCAAGAUGGUAGUGUUCCUCUUCAAGUUCCUGGUGUUACCAGAACAUAUCAUCCUAAUAUCAAUGGGAGAAUUUGCGAUGAACACAGAGAUGACAUACCACCGAAUACUCUGCCACCUCCACAUCCAUCAAAUCGUGGACCAGACAACUGGACACCAUAUGCUAAUCAAGUCAAAUUUGAAGUCGCAGACUUCCUCUACCGUCGCAACCAGAUGUUGGGAGCCACCUCAUUAGCGGCUCAUGGUGAAACACCACCCUUUGCAAACCACAUUGAGAUGUACAACAUCAUUGAUUUGAUGCCUCUAGAUGACGUCACCUGGCAGACUUUUUCCUCUGAAUAUAAUGGUGCUCUACCUGAAGAUCCUCGGAUCCUUGUGCACAACAUUCUCUCCAACCCAGACUUUGAAGGUGAAUUUGACUAUGCUCCGCUACAGGAGUAUGAUACCAGCAACAGAGCACAUUGCUUUCAGGACUUUAUGUCCGCCAUUCUUUAUCCUUUUUCCAAUUUUCUCAUCUCUCACAAUUCACAGAAUUUGAUUGCUGAGAAUCCCAAUACAAUUGGAUCUAUGUUCAUUCCAAUAAUCCUUGGCAGCGACAAGACUACUGUCUCCAUUGCUACUGGACACAACCAGUACUGGCCGGUUUAUAUGUUGAUUGGCAACAUCCGCAACAAUGUGCAACAUGCACACCACAACGCUGACAAGGAGUCUGCCAAAGAUGCACACUUUCGAAAAUUCCGCCAUCAGCUUCUCCACUCAUCACUGGCAAAGAUGCUGGAAUCCCUCAAACCAGGUAUGACAACACCCGAGGUUGUAUGCUCCCCCAAUGCAUUGCUCGCUUGCAUCGUUCAAAACUGGUGCCCAAAAUGUACUGCUCCAGCUGAUGGUCUUGACAAUGGUACCUAUGGUCGGUGUUCCCAUGACCAUACCGAAGUCUUGGUAGAGGAAUUUGAGUUAGGUGUGCUAUGGGAUGAAUACGGACUUGUAGGAGACAUUGUGCUGAUAAGGGGUGCGUUCAAGGACCAUAUUGUCACCUGGGUCCACAAAUACAUUAAGGCUCAGUACUCAGAAAACGAGGCGAAUAUAAUAUUAGAUGAUAUUGAUCACCGGGGCUUCAAACAAUGGAUGGGAGAUGAUUCCAAAGCACUUAUGAAGGCGUAUAUACCUGUGAUUGAAGGCCAUGUACUUCCAGAGAUGGUGCUGACUUUGCAAGCCUUGAUUGACUUUGUGUACAUCACAUGGUGCAAUAUCAUCGACUCCAACAGCCUCAAUGCAUUGGAUGAUGCACUCAAGUGUUUCUACAGGCACUGCAAAAUAUUUGAAACAUCCAGUGCUGUCAAGGAGCUGUGGCGACGGUCCAGUCAGUUUGAAGCCCUCAAUCAGAUGUUACUGACAAAUCAAUGUCUAGAUAAGUUAGUGGUGUCUCGUAUCGACUUUGCUAGCCGUGGGAUGCUAAGAGGAACAUUCCAGCUCGAGGACGAGCCUAUUGACAUUCCCCAUCUCGGAUGCAACAAUCACGUGAAUGCCAACUUGGAGGCUGAUGCAGACCAAGAUGCUGAGCUCGAGGGUGAUGCUGUUGCUGGACCAACAGUGAUAGCUCAUGUAGACUUGGCAAAGAAAUCUGCAAAACAGAUCUACACAGACCUCCUUGCAGAUCAAAUUGGUGAACCGGAACUUACCACUCAUAUUCAGCGAUUUUUACAUGACCAGCUCCAUCAUUCUGACUCCAACUCAGAAGCCUCAGAGGCUGGUGCUGGCUCAUCCAGUGCCCUUCCCCAACUACAUAAAAAAAUAACUCUGUACACAUCUGCCAUUGCCACCUUCUUCACUCCAAGUGAUGUCUCAGGCAUUGGUGGUAUGCACUAUGAGAAUGGCCCUGGUCGAUAUGACUGUGUUUUCAUUAGUACUGAUCCCACUGUCAAGGGUAUGCGUGGCUUCGAUAUCGCUCAAGUAAGGCUUUUCUUUUUAUUUAAACACAAUGGUGUACAUUACCCUUGUGCAUUUGUGCAUUGGUUCAAACACGACAACGUGCACGACUCACCAGACGAGAACACAGGAAUGUGGGUAGUAGAGCCUGAAAUCUACAAGGACAGUGGGACACAAUUUGCCUCCGUCAUUCACCUUGACUGCAUUUUUCGUGUGGCACACCUUAUGCCUGUAUUUGGGCAUGAAUUUGUACCUACUUAUCUCUCUUACACACAGACCCUUAAUGCUUUCCACACUUACUAUGUAAAUAAAUACAUUGACUAUCAGGCAUUUGAGAUUGCCUGGUGA